AUGAAAUUUCAGGAGUACACUCACAAAGCCGUGAACAACGAUGUGGUGUUGGAGAUACUCUUGCAUCUUCCCGUUCGAUCCCUCUUGAGAUUCAGAGCUGUCUGCAAAUUCUGGCGUGACGCCAUCGAUUCUCAACGUUUUACAAAACUGCACAUUGAGAGAGGUAACAAAGCUAGAGAGGCAUGUCUACAAUUUGCUUUAUUGGGAAAUUGUCUAAAUUUGAAAGUAUCAAUGAAGCUCUUAGACAUGAGGAAGUCGUAUGACUUGUUGACUUUUGAUGGAAUGGGUCUAUGUAGAGUAGUUGGGGCGGUUAAGGGUCUAAUCUGCAUACGAUGUUGUCGAGCUUGGCUACCUCUAUCUAUGUGCAAUCCUUUCUUAGGAAAAAUCACGACUUUACCACUUUCCCCCACUCUUUUUUCUCAUUCAUAUGUAUGUACCAUUAGUCAGUAUGUAGGAGUUGGAUUUGACGAUGAAGACUACAAAGUUGUGCAACUGUUGUCGUGUGUGGAACAUGGCCGUCUCCAAGCCAGCCUGUAUUCGAGAAGUGCGAAUUCUUGGAGGGAGUUGGCUAUUGAUCAAGAAUUGCAGGUGGUUGGGCCAAUAAAGUCAUUGGGCAAGAAUGACUCUUUUGCGUAUUGGGAAGCGCGGAUAGGUGAUGAGAGGGUUAUUCUGAGCUUUGAUAUGAAGAAUGAAUUGUUUCAGACAAUCACAAUGUCGGGUGGAGUACUUGAGUUGUUUUCAGACAGGCCGCUGAUUCUUGCAAUGUUGGAUGAAUUUUCGCUUCUAGUGUUUGUUUUAGACAAUGGGACGGUGAAGGUUUUUGAGUUAAGAGGUGAAGGGAGUGAGCUUAUAUGGAAUCAUGAAUCAACUUAUUGUGGAAUAAUGCCUAUUUGGAGGAGUGAUGAUUGUGUGGCUUUCAAGAAUUGUGAUUGUGGGGGUUUGAAGAUGUGUGAUUGUGUUGUUUUGAGUGAUGAUUGUGUGGAUUUAAAAAAUUGUGAUUGUGCGGUUUUGGGGUUUCCCGGGAAGGAUGAUGUGGUUUUGUAUAAUUAUCGCGCUCGGAAAUUCAUCGGGCGUUUGAAGGUGCCUGCGUAUUCGAAUAUCAUUGAGCCUACAAAUUCGAAUAUUGAGUUGAUUGAGUAUCAAGGAAGCUUGGUUUCACCGUAG